AUGUAUCAUGUGUGUUGGUGGUGGUUGUGGAUUCAAUCGGCAACGGGGCCGGACACGUUCGGGCUCGUCUGGGGCUAUGCGCCCUGGACAGGCUGGUGGGAUAAUCCCCGUUACUGCCGAGCAGACCAGACCAUCGCUGCCUACCUGGAGGGGGAGGGAAGCCCCGAGAGGCAGCGUGACACCGGAUCACCAUCGCCCGAAAUCAGGAAGCUGCCUCUUGGCUGUCAGGAUCCAAACGUCAUCACCGUCGCCCAACUCCGGGAUGUCGCAAGGGACAAUGGUGUCCGCUUUCACAAAAAGGAUCGCAGGGCGGAGAUGGUCCAGAUCGUGUCUCAUGGUGGUGGUGGCGGUUUGAACCCGCAACAGGGCCCGACAGGUUCGGGUCCGUCGGGCGCUAUGCCCCUCACUUACUGGUGGGAUAAUUCCCGGAAAUGCCAUGGGCAGACCAUUCACACUAACUUGGCGGGGGUGGAAGCCCUGAGGGGCAGCAUGACAUCAGAAUGUCUGACGCAGCUGCGGCUGCAGGUGGCCGAUAGGAAUGAGCAGCUCAAAGCUGCGGAAAUGGCGAUCCUGGCAUUGAAGGACGAGAAGCGACAAAUGACGGUGAAGUCAACAACGUAUAGCUGGCAGCUAGUAAGACUUGAAAGCAGUACACCAGCUGCCGGCAACUUGAGAUCAAUAAACCAGCAGCCGGGGGUGCAGAAGUAA